AUGCGCAGUACAUAUCCUAUGCUUGUUCCGCCCACAGCUUUGACAGGGCCUCAGCAGAAUUUCGAUUCAUUUUUGCCUCAUCUGUGUUCAAGCUCUACUAACUAUUCUGCUAUCCCUGCAGCUGCAGCUACCGCUGAAAUUCAAAGGACUCAGCCCUUUAUCCAUCUUCAACAGACGCCGAAUUACCCUCAAUCUGGUAUACUUCCUCGUUUUACUGGAUUAUUACAGCAAUCCUUCAUUUCGUCUGAUACACUUCCCCAACAGCAGGCGCAGACUCGCUUUCCACUCACACCAAGUAUGCCAAUUUGUGUCUAG